AUGGGUAUUUCAAGAGAUUCACGUCACAAGCGUGCUGCUUCUGGUGCUAAGAGAGCUCAGUUCAGAAAGAAGAGAAAGUUCGAGUUAGGUAGACAAGCAGCUAACACCAGACUUGGAACGAAGAGAAUCCACACUGUCAGAACCAGAGGUGGUAACAAGAAGUUCAGAGCUUUGAGAAUCGAAUCCGGUAACUUCUCAUGGGCUUCCGAAGGUGUCUCUAGAAAGACCAGAAUUGCUGGUGUUGUCUACCACCCUUCUAACAACGAGUUGGUCAGAACUAACACUUUAACUAAGGCUGCAAUCGUCCAAAUUGAUGCUACUCCAUUCAGACAAUGGUAUGAAACUCAUUAUGGUCAGACUUUAGGUAAGAAGAAGAACCAGCAAGCAGCAUCUAAUGUCGAGGAAAUCAAGAGAUCUAGAAAGGUUGAAAGAAAAUUAGCUUCUAGAUCUUCUUCCGCAGCUAUUGAAGCUGGUGUUGAUUCCCAAUUCGGUGCUGGUAGAUUGUACGCUGCUAUCUCCUCAAGACCAGGUCAAUCAGGUAGAUGUGAUGGUUACAUCUUGGAAGGUGAAGAAUUAGCUUUCUACUUGAGAAGAUUGACAGCUAAAAAGUAA